AACUUUUAUGAGUCCAACUGUACACAAUCACAGCCACAAAAUUCCAACACAACACCAUUCAAUCAAUUACCAUUGACCAACUCAACCUUCCCCUUUUGAUCUCCAAUACAUACCCCCAUCAUGUCAACCAUCUUUCUUGCUCCAUCUUAUUCUGCUUCAACUUGUCUCCUUUUUCACCUCCCAAAUCACAUACCCUUUUGUCAUAUUUAUAAAAUUUAGUGUUCUCACAUAAAGCUCCUCUAAUUUCUGAAGAAAGUCAACCUGUAAGUUCAAUUUCAAGAUCAUAAAGCUUCAAUUUUUAAACACUGUUUCUACUUUUUUAUAUGGAAUUUGAUUCUUUUCUGGGAUCUUUUACUUUGGGAAGACGAAAAGAAUGUCCCCAAUAGAGUGACCAGAUUUUUAUUUGAAGAUCAGAGUCAUAUUAUACUUUACAGAUGGAGGAAAAAGAAAGUAUAUCUCAGUAUAGAGAUAAGCUGGACAAAACACUCAUGUCUCAUGAUCUUUCUAAUAUGGAAUUCUUAAGAACCCUAGUUGAAAAUCAAAUGUCAAAGUCAACACAAAGUGAAGAUCAAGAAAUAAAUGAUAAUUUAAUUCAAAAAAGAACCAAGGAAGUGGCUAAUUUUCUCAGCAUGCUUAAAAGUGCUUCUGGGAAUGCUGUUGAAAGCUCAAAAGCUAAUGAAAUACCACAUGGUGGUUGGAAAAUAAAACAGGAUAAUGAAGAUUGCCGUGUAAUGUAUAAGGAGGGACCCGCUGGUACUCCGUUUCAUAAUUUACUUGUGGAAGGAUAUGUAGACGGGCCGCUAGAUGUUUGCAUGUGCAUAACGUGGGAGGCGGGACUUUACCCGAAAUGGUGGCCUCAGUUUAAUAUCCCAACAUUUAAGAUUAUCUAUUCGGAAUGUGAGAAAAAGGUCCGAAUGGGUGAACAAAUAUCCUUAGUAAGAAUAAAGCUUUCAUGGCCACUAUCAACACGAGAGGCGCUAGUCCAUUUUGUUAAUGUUGACUACUUCCAAGAGGAUCUCAUUAUACUCCUUUUGAACACGAUUCCCGAGACAGAGAACAUUGAGAAAAGCACUCAUGGGUUCACGAGAGAUGGCAUACCCGGUGUCGAAAAUGUGACGAGGAUAGACGUUGUUGGAGGCGUUGUUUUACAGAAAGUGAGUGCUAAUCGAAGCUACUUCCGGGCCAUUGCAAAUAUGGAUAUAAAACUUGAUUUUGUUCCGCCAGCGAUAAUCAACUUUAUUUCCCGGCAAAUUAUAGGUAGCGGCUUCAAGCUUUAUAAAAAGAAAGUGGCCACUGUGACCAAAGGCGAUGUAGAUUUCAGCAAGGCUUUAAAAGAUCCAUUUUACGGUAAUAUUCGUGAAGCACUUUACUCCGAAAACAAAUUUUCAAACGGGAUUUUGGAACAGAAAGAAAUCAAGAUUGAUGAUGGGGUUUUGGAACAAGAAACGGUCAACAUUGGUCAACCUGAAGAGCAUCGUACCACAAAGAAAGAAAUAGAAGAUGAAAAUCAGUUGCCAGUUAGUGAAAUAGAGGAAGUUGAAGAGACGUAUAGAUCAUGCGAGGAUAAUGACGAUGAUGAUGACGAUGACGAAGACGAAGACGAUGAUGAUAAUAAUAAUAAUAAUAAUAAUAAUAAUAAUAAUAAUAAUAAUAAUAAUAAUAUUAGGGACGGAUUAAUUGCGGAUGGUAAAAAGGAAAUAGUUAUAAAUCCUGAAGUGAAUAAAGCACUGGGAACACUUGAAAAGGUCAUUUCUAUCUUUAGGGAAUUUAGAUUUAGUACUCGAUCGUUAUCUCUCUCGCGAUCCGUUAACAACGUGUUUACUGAUCUUGAAGACGAUAAAUCAAACGGCCAUAAACAUUUAGUAAACGAGUUAACAAUGAGGAACUCACAAGAAUCAAAGGACAGUCUUUUAAUUCAUACCUCCAGGCACAAAGUUCAUGAAGCGGUUUUAGCUGAAAAUGGUGAUAUUAAUAGAGAGUUGAUCAAGAACAUGGAUGAAAGUAGUUUGACCCAGAAAAAAGUCAAAAAACAAAGAUUUUGCUGUCUCAGCUUCACCUCUGGCAGGCUAAACUCAUGAAGGAUUGUUGUUUUUUAAUACAUAAACAGGCGUAUUUAUGCGGUUCGGUUUGCGAUUUGGGUCUAGAUAUGUUUUCUUUUUUAUACAUGUGAAGAUAUAAAAGAUUACAGGAGGGUUAUGGAGAGAGGACAGAAGUGUUUAUUAAUUGGUUUGGGGCAAUAUGAAUAUAAUGUAAAGUAUGUAACUGAUAAAAACUUUUGAAUACUUCACUCGCACUGCUUAUUUUGAAUAUUCUUUA